UACAGUCGUGAGCGGGGCUCCGGCACGCCGUCCGGCUUCCGGUUUCGCGCGACGGAAGUGACGAGAGGCCGGCGCGCCGCGGCGCGGAGCGCGGAACAGAGGUGGUGAUGAGCCGAGUCCUGUGUGUUCCCGUGGCCGGGACCGCCCGGGCGCUGAGGCUUGUGCGCUGGGCUUCCCGAAACCGCCCGCCGCCCGGAGGCCGGGCUCGGGCCCAGCCCCUGGCCGAGGGGGAGGAAGAGGACGACUCUGUCCGACCCUUUAAGUUUUCUUCCAGUAAAGUCAACCCGUGUCUCUGGACGGUGGGGCAUUCCCUGGGAAAGAAGCAGCAGCGACCCUGGUGGAAGGUGCUCCCCCUCUGCCUCUCCCUCAUGGUUCUGGUCGUCUGGUGCUACUGGAGGCAGGAGACCGACAAGGACGAGUGGUUGAAACGGAUGUUGGAAGAAGAGAUGCCGGAGUCCAGCGAUCGUUCUGAGGAGUUUGGAACUCCUGCUGGUGACGGGGCGAGAACGUAACCGGUGCCCGCCGGGGCUAGCAGGAAGGGAAGGGACAACAACGCCCUUUGUCUCCGUUGACCGUUUCCGUCCCCAGCACUGAAGGAUUAGGUGGUGGCGCGCUAGGCCACGCUGACCCGCAUGAGGUAGAGCAGAAUCGUAGCAGAUCGGGACCUGCCAUUACCUGGUGCUUUCAGAUCCAUAGGAACGGUUUUGGUUGCAGUGAGUGCUGUGAGAUUCGUGUGCAACAGUAUCGUGUUCUCGAAGUGCUUCUGGUGACAUUUGUAAUCCAGUGUCAUUCUGCUGGUCAUUUGCUUUCUGAGACAGAAUAACUGGUGGAAGACUUAAACUUUUUAUUUAAUAAUGUAGUCUAGUGUGUGCAAAUAGUGUCUUUUGAUGUUAGUUUUAUACACUAACAAUUUGAAAAUGAAUUUUAAUUUGGUAGCAUGGAAUUAAAGCAAUUCCUUUUUUUCUCCUUUUCAUCUCACCAAAAAAAGAAAAAAAGUAUUUAAUAGACCAAAAGUCACAUUUUUCAGUUUUUUUCUUUUUCUUUCUUUGUUUUUUUUUUCUUCCAGUAUAGGAACUGAGAAAAGAAACCUCAAUGUAAAUUGUGGAAUACAUUAUCAAACCAUACCAAAAAUAAUGGACUUUCUCAACUUUCUGAACACUUUAUUAUUGCUGAAGCAACAAUUUUCUAAGUAGAAUAAAACUGACAAAUUAUGGGCAAUAUUUUGGGUUAUCUAAUGACUUUUUUUUUCAAGUGACUACUUGGAAAAAUGUGCUUCUGAAUUAAAAAUGCAUAAAAGGAAGGUUUUAUGCAUUCAGAUUUCCAGUGGAAGAUUUUCAUUUUCUUUGUGUGUUUUUGGUGCAGAAGUUAACUGGAGAUUUCUCUAACACAAGUGUUUGCAGAGUGGUUUUGGAUCACUCUGCUUGUGUGAUAGUAUACUGACUUCUCAGGCUUUUGCAUGUAAGUGCUCCAGGUUCUGCACACAUCUGACUUAUGCUUGUGAGGGAGGUGGUGCUGGUGCAAGCACGUCAUCUUUUUAAUGAUGGAGAGACCAAGUUUGGAAAGAUUGACCGUCUUAGCUCAGGUUAUGUAGUCUCAGCUGGAACAGAGAACUAAGAUGCCCUCUCUGGCCUAGAGCGAUUGUGACCUGUUUGCUUGUGAACCUUUUUGGUUGAAGAACAGUUAUGCAAGCCUGAACCCUUACAUUUUAUCUCACUAGCUACUACAGGGAAGAAAAAGUCAGCAGAACUAAUGGAAAAGAAUCUUUGUUUUAAUUGAAAGCAAUCUUCAUAUUACAAAGGCAAUGUAUAUUUUAUGUAGGAAAACAGAGACACUAAAUUAAGCAAUAGGGAGAAAACAAGAAACACCAGUAACCCUAUCACCUAGAAGCAAACACUGAACACUGUCAUUUUCCUUUCUAGAUUUUUUUUCAUGCAUAAAUGCAGUUUUUAAAAAAACACAAGUCAGAUAGUGGCAUUGUUUUGUUGGGUAUCAUAUCAUAGGCACAAGAUCCCAGGUUGCCUCCAGGGCAUAUCUGAAGUCAAUGAAUGACUUUGUGCCAGCGACGUGGAUAAAUAUUUUAAUAAGCAAAAGGAGGGCCCUAGGCCAGCUGGCGCCAGUGGGCAGACUCUCCCUAGAGCUGGACUUUUCAAGGAGUGACAACAGACCUGGUCAGUUUGAACUGUUUUUGCCUUAAUCCUUUUAUUAUUUUUGUGGUAUGCUUGUCUUAUUUCCCAAUUUGGCUGUGGCUUUUCUUUUUCCCAGGGUACCUGGCACGUUGACAUCCCCGAAAAGCAUUCAACGAGCAUUUGAGUGGGAGUGGACUGAUGAAGCUGCUAGAGUGGAAGUGGUUCCAGUACUUAGUGAAAUGAUAUAUUAUUGGGCAGAAGGAGGAGGAAAAUGUUAAAAAAAGAGAACGCUUUCAGUAGAGAGGAGGUUAACCGAAUGGUCACUUGCUAUUGAGCAAUCUUAGAAGGCUCUGGCAGUGCUGUGCAUUUUCCCUCCAAAAAAGUGAAAAAAGGUGACACUCUUCCGGGUUCUCCAUGAAACCCUGGUUUUAUUUUAUCUGAGACUGAGUAUUAACCCGGCCUUUUAAGAACAUUUUUCCAAGGUACUAAAACUGACCCUGGCAAUCCUUACUGCCUCUCAUGGCUCUGUUUGAGCUCUUCAAGGAAGCUGCCCAUGGGGCGAGGAUGCACAGCAGGUGGCUUCACCUCUCGCUUUUAUGGCCGAGAUCCUCAAAUCCCUUUAUCUGAAGCUCCCACCUUUCUUUAUGAGCUCUGGACACCCCCUGGACCCCUCUUGAAUGGUCCCCGGUUGCUUAAACUCCUUACGUCUCCCACCCCAGCCUGUUCCUUUUCCAGGCUUUGUUUUGUAUCCCCCUUAAUUUUAUUCUGAUCUCCCAGUCCUCCAGUCUGAGUCCUGGGAAUUACAUGGACUUCCUCUUGGCCCCUGCAGCCGGGCAGACUCCUAAGAAUUUGUGGACCUUGUCCCCACCUGCUUCCUGCUCCUGCUUGGUCUUCUUGGAAAAUACCAUGUUCUUGAUUUUUAAAAUCAUUUUAAUUUCAAGAUUUGAAUAAUGUAAAAGUGAUAAUUUAGAAAGUGAAAAUACGAAGGAGAUAUUUAUUCUAGCCAUCUGUGGUAACUUUUUCUGUUGUUUCUUGCAUUUCAAAAAAAUAACUGACAUAAUUGGGAACGAAUGUAUGUAAACUGUAUUUUUCUUUGUUUCUAACCUAAGCUGGAACAUUUUUCUUGUCACUAAUAAUUCACUCAUAAUUUAACCAUUUCCUGACUACUGGGCUGUUUGGCAGUCUCAAGUUUUUGCUAAAUAGCUCUCUGACAAUUGUCCUUGUACAUCUUUGUCUGGAUGUGAUUAUUUUUAGAUUGGAGUUCCAAGAAAUGGAUUCCAAAGCUUGGAUUCCAAGAAAUGGAACAGAUUCUUUUCCUUAAGGGUCUGCACGGCUUUGCCCUCCCCUUCCUGGGGGCCUGCCUGCCACAGGUCACUGCAUUGUGGGUUACUGUCCUAAACAAGAAUCUGCCAACUCGA